AGCCAAAAUAAUUUUGGUGAGAUUCCAGAUGUAUGUGACUGGCCAAGAAACCUGAAAUAUUUGAAUCUUUCCAGCACUCAAAUUCCUAAACUAACAACUUGCAUUCCCCCAACCCUGGAAGUUUUGGACGUUAGCGCUAACAACCUGAAGGAGUUUGGACUGCAACUCCCACUUCUCAAAGAGCUGUACCUCACAAAAAACCAGCUGAAGUCCUUGCCUGGUGCCGUACCUAUUCCUAACUUAGUGGCCAUGUCAGUCAGAAGAAACAAGCUCAACAGUUUCUCUAGGGAAGAGUUUGAGUCCUUCAGGAAAAUGGAGCUGCUGGAUGCCAGUGACAACAACUUUAUCUGCUCCUGUGAGUUCCUCUCCUUCAUCCACCACCAGGCCAGGAUAGCCCAGGUGCUGGUGGGGUGGCCAGACAAGUACAUCUGUGACUCUCCCCUGGCAGUGAGAGGGGCACAGGUUGGAGCCGUGCACCUCUCCCUGAUGGAGUGCCACAGGUCCCUCGUGGUGUCGUUGAUCUGCACCCUGGUGUUCCUGGUCAUCCUCGUCCUCGUGGCUGUUGGCUACAAGUACCAUGCGGUCUGGUACCUGAGAAUGACCUGGGCAUGGCUCCAAGCCAAGCGGAAGCCCAAGCGAGCCCCCCCGAAGGACAUCUGCUAUGAUGCUUUUGUCUCCUACAGCGAGAACGACUCCGACUGGGUGGAAAACAUAAUGGUGCGGGAGCUGGAGCAGGCCUGCCCCCCGUUUCGGCUCUGCCUCCAUAAGCGGGACUUUGUGCCCGGGAAGUGGAUUGUGGACAACAUCAUCGACUCCAUAGAGAAGAGCCACAAAACGCUCUUUGUGUUGUCCGAGCACUUUGUGCAGAGCGAGUGGUGCAAAUAUGAGCUGGACUUCUCGCACUUCCGCCUCUUUGAUGAGAACAACGAUGCAGCAAUUCUCGUCCUCCUGGAGCCCAUCCAGAGCAAAGCGAUUCCCAGGAGGUUUUGCAAGCUGCGGAAGAUCAUGAACACAAAGACCUACCUGGAGUGGCCUCUUGAAGAAGAGCAGCAGGAGAUG